UUUCUCUGUCCAAUGGUGAAAACCGCAGGUCUCCAGCUGUUUCCAUUCUGGAAUUAUUCAAAAAACAACCACGCGCACUAUAAUUUGAAACCGAUAGUAGUAAUUUAUAACAAUCAGUCGGGUAGUGAUGUUUGCUUUCAUUUUCAAACAAUGUACAAUUAUUGUAUUCAGAUUUCAAAAUAUUACGUGUUGACAUUGUAUAACCGAAAAAUUUCAAACUUCUGAAUACAAAAAUUAUAGAUCGUUGGAUAUUGAAAGCGAGUAUCAUUACUGAACUCAAUGUCGUCCAUUAUACCUCUCUAUGCCUAACUUUUACCUAAUUCAGGACCAACGAGCGAAUAUCAGAGAUCUUUGGAGAACUAUUAUAACUCUUGUACAAUAAAAGCUAGGAGUCUUAGACUUACGUAGCUUAAACAAAAACGAUCUUCUCUAUUAAAUUAGAUGUGUGAAAAACAAUCUCGGUUUCGUUAAGACUAGAACAGGGAUCAACAUAAGGGCCCGUACCAUUCAUAUUUAUCCAUUUUCUAUUGUGAAAUAUAUGAUAGUAUUCUAUUCAAAUCUUUAAACUUAUUAUUAUAAUAAUUUCUUUUUGUUUUUUUUCACUAUAGAAUCUCAAUCAAAGAAACUUCAAUUGCUAAAUUAGGUAGCGUAUGUCGUCGUAUCUAUCGAAUAUUUUCUCAUGCAUAUUAUCAUCAUCGUCCAAUAUAUGAUGAAUUUGAAGGACGUACACAUCUUUGUCGUCGUUUUACUGUAUUUGCAUUACGUUAUGGUCUUAUUCCAAAAGAUAAUUUAAUUGUUCCAAUUCAUGGCGUUAAUCAAGAUAUACCAACAAUAAUGCAACAACAAACAUCACCGAAUAAAACAAAUCAAAGUCAAUCAUUAAAAAAUGGUGAUAGUCCACCAUCACCUAUUGUUCAUUCAACACCAGCCGAAAGUGAUGCUUGA